GUGUGGGGCCCGCCGGAAACCUCGGGGGUGUUUCCCUACCGCUGCUGGCACAGGGGGGUUGCCCUGGCGCUGGCAGAGCAGGGAGCAGUGGUCCCGAGGGGCAGCGAGGGAAGUUUAGAUCUCUGAGACAAUUUGUUGUACAAAGAAGCCAACUAUGGGCAUUAAAGGCCUUCAUGGAUUUGUGGCAAAUGUUUGCCAUGAUGUGCACAAAAUGGUAAAUCUGAAGGAAAUGGCAGAAGAACAUCGCAUGAGUUAUCCUGACUCUCCUCCCGUAAUUGUGGUAGAUGCCCUGAGUUGUAUACGACGCUGGUAUACACCAGAAUCUUGGGUUUGUGGUGGCCAGUGGCAAGAGUACCUUGCUAAUUUAGAGGAUUUUAUUAAUGCUUUCACAGCAGCUGAUAUCAAGCUGGUAUUCUUCUUUGAUGGUGUUGUGGAGCAGAAAAAGAGAGGUGAAUGGGUUAAACGGAGGUUGAAGAAUAACAAGGAAAUAGGCAGAAUCUUUCAGUUCAUCAAGACGUACAGGCAGCAACCAGGGAGAGGGAUGUUCUUUAUUCCUUCUGGUUUGGCUACUUUCACACGCUUUGCCUUAAAGUCCCUUGGUCAGAAAACAAUAUGUUCAUUGCAAGAAGCAGACUAUGAAGUGGCCUCUUAUGGGCUGCAGCAUAAUUGCAUGGGGAUUCUUGGACAAGAUACAGACUACCUCAUCUAUAACACCUCUCCAUACUUCUCCAUUGAAAAGCUCUGCUUGGACAAGAUGGUCACUGUUAUGUAUUCCAGGGAGAACCUCUGCCGUGCACUAAAUCUUAAUAUAACAGACCUCCCUUUUUUUGCUUGUCUGCUUGGCAAUGAUGUAGUUCCAGAAGCUGCUUUGGAAGGUUUUUGGCAUAAAUGUUUAACCUCUUGUCCUCCUAAAAGCCAGAGCUAUGACAAAAGGUCUAACAUAAUUCUGGCUGUAGCAAACUACAUAUCAGGACUUCCACGUUCAUACAGUAGUGUGAAAAACUUUGAAGAGAUGCUACCUUUGGGAUCAGACAAGACAUUACUGUGCAAGGCAAUGGAGUCCUAUAUCCUGCCUGGUCAGCAGUCUCCCUGGCUUCCUCCCUCUCUAUCAAAUUCCCAAGCGCACUCAGCCAAGCAGGACACAGGCAUGUGCUCAGAUCAGGAGAUAUUUCAGUUAGCUAAAGAACAGCACAUCACAGGUGAAAAUUAUAUGGUCUUUAAUAUCCUGAGCAAUGGAGAGGUUGAAUGCAGCAACACGUUGGAGGAUGAACUGGAUACAGAGCUACCUGGGCAGGCACUUAUUUACCGCCCUGCUCGUCAACAUAUUUAUUCUGUCCUGCUUGAACCUAGGAAAGAUACCCAGAGAGUCUGUUCUGUAGUAAAGGAAUGGUUUGUUUACUUUGGGAAUCCUCUUCACCAACCAGAACUGAUGCAGCCAGUACAGCUUGACAUCCCAGGUGAAACACCUAGUUUGAGAACACUCUGGCUUGGCAAAGGACCAGACAUAGAAAAUCAACGGUAUAGCACAUUUCUGGCAUGCUUUCAUCUUCAGGAUAUGGUGGAGGAGCUCAAGGCUCUGAAAGCACCUGUUGCAGCUGUCUGUUGCCUGUUGAUGUACCUCUUGCUGCAGGUAGACAGCCUCUCUCUAGAGGAUUUGAAUGCAUUUGUGGCUCAGACUCUGUGCCUGCAGGGGAUGUCGGCUGCUCAGCUAUCAGGUUUGCAGCUUGUGCAAGUGGACUCUAGAGCUGUACAGCUCGGCGCUCUCUUUAUUCGUGGUCUUGCAACUUUGAUUAUGGCGAAUAGUGCCUGUGGCUUUCCAUUCAGCAUGGAUGAUUUCAUGCCUUGGAAGGUGUUUGAUGGAAAGCUUUUUCAAGAGAAAUAUCAGCAGUCACACAGAGGGUGUUCUUUGGAAGAGCUUGUGGAAGGCAAUGGAUUUUUAUGUACACAGUUCCAGAAUCUGAAGUCGCUCAUCUGCAGAGCUUGUAUGGCGAAGAACAGAACAAUUCAGAGCAGACAGCGGGGAGAUGGAUUUAUCGCAGAAAUGCAAGGAAGAGGAAGGGGCGCUAAUUUUCAGCGAGCGCACAGAACUACAUUUGCUCCUCCAUACCGUAAUCAGAACAGGGGAUAUCAGUGGAGAGGGCUCCAGCCUUAUGGCUCUCAGACCCAACCUUCAGGUAGAGGAUACCGACCACGACAUCAAGACCAGAGGAGAAGAUUCCAAUUUACUCCACGAUGGUCCAGAUGACUUUGUUGUGACUGGAUCUGAAUGAAAAUUGAUAAGACAAGCUAUAUUUUGAUAAAGCACUGGACAUUAAACAUCAUAAAAAUCUUUUCAGUGUAUGUAUUGUACCAUUGUGAACAACCUGAAUACAUAUUUUAGGAGUGGUGGAGGGGAAGGGUUUAAUUACAGGCUUAUUUCCCUGCCUUCUCUCAGGUUGCCAAUAAUUUAUCAUUUUGUACCUCUGAUGGGUCUUUUUUCAUUGCUAAUUUAAUUGUCUAGAAAUACGCGCUCUAUUAUGAAACAGUUACUGAAUUAUUUACCAAAUGGGAACUUUACAGAAGCUUUAGGUAGACAGUUAUGAAAUCUGUUUGUAAGGGGAAAUGCAUGCAGAAACAUUGCAACAACUAAGCAGAGAAACACUGUAGGCACUGUUACAUUGUGAAAGAAAUCUAAUUAACAUGCCUGGCUCCCUCAUUAAAGAGUAGCAAAGCCAUGAAAAACUAAAUAGCUCUUCCUAAACAAGUGUUGAUAAACCUUUAUGCUAUGCCAUGGUAUAUUCCAUAUGUGCCAUAUCUUUUACAAAAAAAGUAUUUUAGAAGUGUUUCAGAUAGCAUCAGUGUUUAAAAAGCAAAACUUCCUUCUCCCCCUGCCCUUCCCCUCCCCAUUUGUAUAUUUCUGCCUGUAAAGCUAGAUGACUUCAUUACGUGGAAGUUUCAGAGGAAGAGGAAAAAUGACUAAAAUGUUUUAAAAACCUGUCAAAAUAUUUGUUUUAUGCACAAAAGUAUAAGAGCUUUUAAGUCUUAUUAUUUCUGGGUCUUCCAAAGCUGCAUACAAGCACUGUCUGUUCCGUUAGGAAACCCAGAGUUUUCCUUUUGGCUCUAUAAUGGUCCCAUUUCCAAUCCUUUACAGUUUUAUAUAUCUGACUUUAAAUAUGUCAUCACUCUAGGACUACACAUGGCUCAUCCUAGGCCUCAGGUCAGAGUAAUUUUGGAAGAAAUCCCAAAUUAGGGGGAAAUGAGUAUUCCUCUUAAACAUUGAGAUUUUUUUAAUGGCAGCAGUUUGAAGCACAGUGGAUGAAAUUUUGUCUUUGUUGAAGUCAGGGUUAAACCUGCCGUUAACUUCAGGGGAGUCAAGGUAUCACCCCAUUUCAAUCACUAGCUGAUAGAAAUUGAUGGACAGAUGGACAGCCUGCAGGUGAACCGAAGGUAUAUCAUGACUUAAUUUAUUAGCCACAUAGUUUUCACUACUGCAUGUGGUAUAUAUGCUUGUAUUUGAUAUGAUGUAUUUGAUUUGAUAUGAUGUAUUUGUACACUGUAGAUUAAUCAGUGUUCACAAAAAUUUGGCAUGAAGAAAAUAAGUUCUCUUGUAUCUUGUUUAAAGUGAUUUAUCUCUUUUUGUGGUUUUUUAUCAAGUGUAUUGCUGUUGCUACUGUACAGAUUUGAUAUAAUGGUCAUAGAUUAAAACAUGCUUGUUUUUAGAUCAUUCUAUUUCUACUUUAGUUACUGCGGCUACCGUUGUUCCUUAGGCCUUAUACAUGUGUCCUCUUUUGAGCCAACUCUUCACUAAACUUUUCCAUCCAGUAUCUGUAUUCUGUUAAUAUAAGCAGCACUGUCAUUUGUAUAUAUGCUGUAUUAUGAUUUCCUUACAUUUGUUUUUACUGCCUAAAACCCAGUAAUUGUCCUGUGACCUAAAUACAUAGCAGUGACCCAGCUAAAUAAGUUGGGAACAAUACAGCAUUUCUAAUGCUAUAAAAGUGGUACUGAUAACUUUGUUUAAAUACAAAUCUACUUUCGUCUGAUUUGCUUUUUGAGGAUCAAGUGAUGACAAAGAUUGAACAGUC